GCGAUCCGUUUUUCAAGAUGCUGAACCGUUCGUUGGCCACGUUCAUGAAUGCGAUGACCGGCUCGGAUUACACUCUCUACCCGUUCAGCACGUUGAAUUAUUCGGAUUAUCGCAAUCUGCAGCGGAUUUAUUUGGAUGCGGUUUUCAACCCCAUCAUAAGCAAGCCGGAUUUCAUGCAGGAAGGAUGGCGAUUGGAGAAUCGCGACGCUAAAGACCCCAAAUCCGAGCUGAUGAUCAAAGGGGUGGUCUACAAUGAGAUGAAGGGGGUGUUCUCGGAGAACGAGAAUAUUUUUUGCCAAAAGCUGCAGAAUUUGAUCCUCCCCGACCAUACCUAUGGGAUAGUAUCUGGUGGGGACCCAAUGGUGAUACCCAACCUGACCUGGAAUGGAUUGCGGCAGUUUCAUAAGGAGCAUUACCAUCCUAGUAACUGUAGGUGCUUCUCCUAUGGCAACUUCCCCCUGUUGCCGUCGCUGGAAUAUAUCAACGAAAAGUACUUUUCGCAGUACGCCUACUCCCAGCCUACCAACACAGUGGUGCCCCGGCAGAAGCGAUGGUCGGAGCCUAAACGGGAGCACAUCUCCUGCAGGUUCGACCCGAUGGGGGAACCCUUUGAAAAGCAAAACUCCAUCGCUAUCUCUUUGCUGGUUUCCGAUUGUACUGAUGUGUAUGAGACUUUCCUCAUGCAAUUCCUAACCGAGCUGUUGGUCAAAGGGCCCAACUCAGCUUUUUACAAGUCGUUGAUCGAGCCGAACUUUUCCAGCGGUUUCACCCCGUCCACUGGCUUGGACGCCCAAUCCAGAGACACCGUUUUUACGGUUAGUUUAAAGGGGAUCAGAACCGACGAUUUCGCACGAGUUGAGGAUGUGUUCAAUGCCACUAUCGACGAGGUGAUUGCCAAAGGCUUCAGCCCGGAGCUUGUUGAGUCAGUUUUGCAUAGCUACGAGCUGUCGCUGAAGCACGAAUCGAAAAACUUCGGCCUGAACCUGCUGUUUGGGCUGUCGGCCAUCUGGAACCAUUCCUCCGAGAUACUGGCUGCUUUGGAAGUGAAUGCUCUGAUGGAGAAGUUGCGGGCGGCGAUGAAGAACAACCCGAAGUACCUGCAGGAUACUGUGCAGAAGUGCUUUAAGGAUAACAAGCACAAGUUGAUAUUAACCAUGUCGCCUGAUAAGGAGUUCGACUCGAAGCUGAGCAACGAGGAAAGUGAGCUGAUCAGGCACAAGACCAAGAACUUGGGGGAGAAGGACAAGGAGGCGAUUUUCGCCAAGGGCUUGGAGCUGCAAAAGCUGCAGGAAACGCCGCAGAACACCGAUAUUCUGCCCACUUUGCUCAUGAACGACAUCAAUUCCAGCAUAGAAAAGGUGAACAAAGUGAACGUGAGCAUCAGCCACGUGUCCACACAGAUCAACAAAGUCAACUCCAAUGGGUUGGUUUACUUCAAGUCCAUGCUCAACACCAGCGAUUUGUCCCAAGAGCAGCAGAUGCUCCUGCCGCUGUUCUGCUACAUUAUCAACAAAAUGGGCACCGACAAGCUCAACUAUAAGGAAUUCGACAGUCUGGUCAAUAGAAGAACUGCUGGAUUGAAGUUCAACGUUCACAUCGCUGAUAGUUUGUAUCAUCUUCAUACUUAUGAACCGGCGGUUUUGCUGUCUAGCUACUCUUUGGAGAAGAAUGUUGAUAGCAUGUGGGACUUGUGGGUUCAGCUGUUUAAUAUCACUAAACUGGAAGACGUUGAAAGGUUUAAAAUGCUGAGUCAGCUGUAUAUGGCAAACCUAACGCAUGGAAUCGCGGAUUCCGGCCAUAUUUACGCCAUGCAAACCGCUGCGAGCCUGGUUUCGGGUUCCGCCUAUCAAGUGGAGCUUUUGUCGGGCCUGCAGCACAUUUCUUACAUGAAAAGACUGAUCCAUACCUCCAAUUACCAAGCGAUGUUAGCGGAGAUUCUUGACAUUGGAAAACUGCUGUUCGACAAGAAGAAAAUGAGGGUGGCCUUGAAUAUAUCGGAAGACUCCCAGUCGAAUAUUCUGCACUCCUACGAAAACUUCAUCAAUGGCCUGCCCGACAGCGACAAGAUUCCUGGCCAAGAGGAAUCUCAGGAAAACUCCUAUGUAGUCGGCAAAAUUUGGUCGCCAUCUGACUCAGUCAAUUGCCAGCACCACAUUCUGAACAUCCCGGUUAACUACUGCAGCAAAGCCGUCCUAACUACGCCCUACACGAAAACGGACCAUGCUGCCCUGAAAGUGCUGGCAAAGUGGCUGUCUGCCAAAUAUCUCCAUCCAGAGUUGCGGGAAAAACGGGGCGCUUAUGGGGCAGGCGCUCGCAUAACCCUCGACGGCGUCCUGUCCUUUUUCAGCUACAGGGAUCCCAAAACCGCCGAUACUCUGGAUGUUUUCGAUGGCUCCUACGACUGGAUCAAAAGCAACUUAAAAGACCUGAAGCCGCAGGAUUUGGUCGAGGCCAAGUUGGGCGUGUUUCAGAGUGUGGAUGCUCCAGUGCCCCCCAGCCUGAAAGGUUGCGAUGACUUCCUGAAGCGGCUCACCCCAGAUGCGCUGCAACGGCACAGAGCGGAGAUAAUGGCCGUAGAAAAGACCAAUCUGGAGGCUGCAGCCGAAACAUAUUUGGGCGACUCGAAUGCUUUGAAUAGCGGCAAAGUCAUCUUGGGGCCGAAGAAUGAGGCCUGCGAUCUGUCGCA